AGCAAAGAAUUUUUAAGUGAGUUUGGCUGCUGUGUUGUAACCUGUUGUUAUAUAAUUGACUCAAGGUGACCGUGGAAUCAGUUACAGUACUCUUUGAGAAUGUUGAGUGUUAUUUUACUGACGGUUUGGUGCGGACUUGUUUGGACGCAAACUGAUUUUGUUCCUACAAAUUUUGAGGAGGUUACUAAGCCCACUAUGGGCGGGUUUGGGGCACAGGAGAAAUGUGGCGAAGGCAGUAAAGUUCAUUUUAAAUGCGUGCCGUACCAUCGCUGUGACGGUAACACGAAUACCAUUAUACCGGAGGAGGAAGACACGGAUACUAAUGAUUAUAGUUUAUUAAUUGAUAUCAGGCUAGGUGUACCCAAACUAUGCUCCAAAGCUCUGGACGUGUGUUGUCAAAUACCAAAUACCACAUCUGAAAUUCCACCCACAACAAAACCACAACCAACUGACAACACCCCAAAACCACAACCAACCCCCAACUUAAGCUUCUGUGGUAUUCGCAAUAACAACGGCAUUGAUUUUAAAAUCACGGGCAAUUCGCACAACGAAGCCGAAUAUGGCGAAUUUCCCUGGAUGGUAGCAGUUUUGAAAAAAAAUUACGACCCAUCUGUCGAUCAAGGAUUCGCCUUGUGUGGAGGCUCACUCAUCGCGCCUCGAGUUAUUUUAACCGGAGCUCAUUGUGUCCACAAGUUUAAACCUGAAGAGAUUAAAAUACGGGCGGGGGAAUGGGACACUCAGACUGAAGACGAGCGAUUCCCGUAUCAGGAAAGACAAGUCGAGGAAAUAAUAAUUCAUGAAGCUUUCAAAGACGGGACGCUUCUGAACGACGUCGCUUUGAUAGUUUUGGAAAAACCGUUUCUUAAAGCCAAACACAUCGGAACGGUUUGUUUGCCAAACCAGGACCAAGUUAUUAGCUCGCAGGAGUGUUUCGGGACGGGUUGGGGGAAAAACGCUUAUGGGAGCGAAGGCCAGUACCAAAUGAUUUUGAAAAAAAUAGAGCUCCCAAUUGUGCCACACGCGCAGUGCGAAACUGCACUCAGGAAAACCAAAUUGGGGAAUUUCUUCAAGUUGCACAAGAGUUUUACUUGCGCUGGGGGAAUUCCCGGGAGGGACACUUGCACUGGAGACGGGGGAAGUCCCUUGGUUUGCCCAGACCCCGAAAACCCAGCGCGCUACAUCCAAGCCGGAAUCGUAGCCUGGGGCGUGGGUUGCGGGACAACAACUCCGGGGGUUUACGCUGAUGUUGCAAAAUUCCGGGGUUGGGUGGACGCGCAAAUGGAAAGACUGGAGCUUAGUAAUAAGCCUUACACGACCUAGUUGUACAUACGAUAACUUUUGAUCUCGAAAUAAACACAAGGCGAUAA